AUGACGUUAACCCGCUGGAUAAUUUUGGAUGCGGUUUCCUCCCAUGCAGUCGGGAUGCAAAAAUCUCAGUGCACCGAAGAUGAGAUUUUUUAUAUGAGCUGCAGGGCAGCGUACUUGGCGGUGUUAAGAUCGAGUUUAUCGAAUAUUACUUCCAAGGAACAGCUAUGUCUGGUUUUGCAGCAGGCUGGAAGAAAUCCAUCUCAGAAGACCCUGAAAAAGUACUGGACACAGAGAACCACAAAACUGAACUUUGAUGACUUCUGUGAAAUUCUUAGAAAAGAGAAAUCAACUGAGGAAAAUGAGCUGAUGAAGGCCUUCAAAAAAUUAGACUUAAAUGGGCAUGGAUAUAUUUCACACAGUGAACUUUACAAAGUGCUCACUUCGAGAGGUGAGAAGAUGAGUCCUGAAGAGGUAAAUGAGAUUUUUUCAUUAGCAGACUCAAACAAGGAUGGGAAAUUCGACUACAGGGAGUUCUGCAGAUUGCUGGUGUCCACUGCAGAGCAGUGUCAGACCGUUGCCAUGGAAAAGCUGGAGGCUGACACCAAACUGAAGCGGCAGAAUUUUGGCAAUCAGUCAGAGAGCUCUCCAAAGAGCCCUUUGUCACAGGGUGUCACUCCUUCGCCCGAGACGCCCCAGAAAACGGAGCUGGACACCACACCAAGAAAAGAGAGCAGGUCGUCCUCGCGCCCCUCUUCCGCCCGCAGUCGGCGGUCUUCGGUGUCCACUGCCAUCACCAUGGGGGCCAGCAACACCAAGACCGGUAGACUGUGUGAACCAGAGUCCCUUCAGGCUUGGCAUCACUUAAGUACAAAAGGUUGCUUCUUUGUGGAGGAGGAUGGAGGGAUCGUGUCUCUGCAGUACCAGCUUACAGUUCCCCAGACCGCCACUGUUUACCUCACCAUCCGGCCUUUGAACCUCAGUCUGGAGGAUGAGAAACCCUCUUCUUGGAUGUCGGUAGACACAGCGCUUUUUGUGGUGACGGGGAACAGAACAAAGGAAGACCCCAGCCUGGUGUGUUUUACAGAGCUGCGAGACAAAGAGAAGUUUGGCUGGAAGGGGGAGCUGAGCGCUGGCACAUACUAUCUAAUGCCCUUCACCACCGGCUGUAGACUGAAGAAGAAGAGAAAGCCAGUGGUGAAGGCCGCCCAGCUGGUCUACAGGACAGACACAGGGGAGCUGGCUCUUACCAAGGAGUUCAGGGCAGUGCUGUCUGACAUAUUUGAGAUCAUUGACCUGGACGGCAAUGGGCUGCUCAGCCUGGAGGAGUAUAAUUUCUUUGAGCAGAGGACAAGCGGGGAGAAGUGUGACGAGGACGCCUGGGCCGUCUGCAGAGAAAACUUUGACACCAAGAAGAAUGAGCUGACGAGAAGGGGCUUCAUGGAGCUGAACCUUAUGGAGGCCAAUGAUCGCGAGGGGGACCCCAGCGAUCUGUGGGUCACCCUGGAGUCCAUGGGCUACAACAGGGCCCUGGAGAUGGUGGAGGCCUGUCCUUUCAUCAUCGAUGUCUACUCAGAGGAUUUCAGGCCUUCCAUCCAGCCAGUGGACCUGGAAUCCAGCAGCAAGAUCCUUAACACAGCCCUGCACAGAUCGGUCAUCGCUAAAGGGGAGGCCAAGGCAAUCAAGGGCCAUGACAACGUCAUUAUCCACACCUACAGAAGCGAGGCGAGAAUCUCCUCCAUCAUCACCAACAAGUCCAACCACAAAGUGACAGUCCAUGUCAACAAUGAACUAAGUAAGAACUGCGUUAGCAGCAGAGGCAUGAGUGUGUUUGCUGUGGAAGUCCCGGCUAGAACCAAAAUGGUUUGCCAACAUGUUGUGCCCAUCAAUGACAGACAGGAGUGGACAUACCACUGUGUUGAAAGCAUCCUGUAAUAAACCACAAAAACUGUACUGACAACAUUCACACAAACAAGGUACAUUUAGCCUGGGACAGUGUACCAGUUUAAUAGUUUCUUCUAAAUACGACAGACUUUCAGAUAUCCAGAUCAAAAGUAGUUCACCAAACAUC